CGACACUGCCAGCAGCUCGCAGUACCGAGUCCAGCGCGCACAGCACCCUCCCUCAGUUCGCCUCGUCCCGCCCCGCUAGCCCGCCCACGGCUGCAUGCGGUCCCACUGCCGGCACCUCGCACCCCCAAGACCGUGACAUAGCUUUGCCCGCGCAAGUCGCACACCCCGUCCACACCGACGCGUCUGUACCAAGCAACCUCGCGCCGUUACACAGCUCAGCAAUUGCUCGUCCGUGACGUGGACGCCAACAAAUCACUGCGCCGUCCGCCAGCGCACACGCACCCUCGACGCCGGCGCCAGCCCCUGCAGCUGUCCGAAUAAACAUGUCGUCCACCCCGCCGAAGAAGGACGGUGUGGAACCACCGCAGUCGCCUGACGACGACCAUCAUAUGGACAGGAACACUGAGGAUACACAAGCGCAAGGACUCGGGUACGAAUUCGAGGUCAAGGAACAGGAUCGAUGGCUUCCAAUCGCCAACGUCGCCCGGAUCAUGAAAACAGCCCUGCCCGAGAACGCAAAGAUUGCAAAGGAGGCCAAGGAGUGCAUGCAGGAGUGCGUGAGCGAGUUCAUCUCGUUCAUCACCAGCGAGGCCUCGGAGAAGUGCCAGCAGGAGAAGCGCAAGACGGUCAACGGCGAGGACAUUCUCUUUGCCAUGACGUCGCUCGGCUUCGAGAACUACUCGGAGGCGCUCAAGAUCUACCUGUCUCGGUACCGCGAGACCCUACUCGCAAAUCAGAACAAGCCAACCGGCCAAUUCGGCGCGCCUGGGGCCAGCGCCAACUCGGCCAGCGGAGAAAACGCCCAGCAACAUGUUCUGAGCGGCGACCAAGACAUGGCCGAGGACAGCGCCACAGCUUUCGGAUACAGCGUCCACAACGGAAACGGCAGCGCCGACUACUAGGACGAGUCGUGCCGCGCCCGGAAGGGGGUCUACAAGGAGUGGGGGAAAAUGUAGGAGAAGAAGGAGGAAGGAGUAGCAGCGGCGAUCGACAAGUGCAGAGGAGCGAGGAGUCGACGAAUGGUUUCAGAUUGUCCGGGGAUGGGUGUGUUUUGGGCGUGAUCUUGGAUUUGAGCUGGACAAACGUGUCCGUGGGACUCAAGAGACGGAGUAUGGCGAGUUGGGAACUGGCUUGCGACAGCCAAUGCCUGGAUAGGUAUCUUCUUAGUUGGAUCUGUAUUAGAACCACAGUUGCUCACGCA